GUCCUGAAUUAAUUCACUUUUACCUGAGGCAUUGUUUGGAUGCCUCAGGUAAAACUCCAACAAGGCCUGCAUUUUGGGCCCUAUCUGGAAGCAAGACAACCAUAUCUUGGAAUAUGCUGCCUCGGAGUGUGGUGGACACUCCUCUGGAGGUUUUUACACAGAAACUUGGAUGGCCAUCUGUUGGGUGUACUUUGAAUAUGCAAAGUGGGUUGAACAGGAUAGCCCUUAAGGUCUCUUCUAAUUCUGUGGUUCUAUGAUUCUAUGAUCUUCAUCUCUUCUCCAGUGCUAAUUACUACAGGUUGAACAUUCUAUAUAUGAAAAUCCAAAGUAUUCUAAAAUUGUCCAAGUGAGUGGUUGAGAGAUGAAUACCUUUGCUUUCUGACAAAUUUGGUUUUUUGCACAAAAUUACAACAAAUAUUGUUUAUAAAGUUACCUACAGGCUAUGUGUAUAAUAAUAAUAAUAAUAAUAAUAAUAAUAAUAAUAAUAAUAAUAAUAAUAAUAAUAUAAUAACUUUAUUUUUAUACCCCGCCCCAUCUCCCCGAAGGGACUCGGGGCGGCUUACAUGGGGCCUUGCCCGAUACAACCAUAUAAUAACAACAACAAACAAUAAAACAAAUAUCCCAAUAAUAAAAACAUCAGCAUCAAUAAAACAGUCAUUAAAAUCAACAUCGAGCAUAAAAUGUUAAAAACAGGAGACUAAUACACAGAGCUAGGCCAAAGUGCAGAAUAUUCCAAAAUGGGGAGAGGUAUAAGGUGCAUAUGAAACAGAAAUGCUUUUGUGGUCUGUUAUGAAUACUUAUACAAGUAUUCCAAUAUCUACGGAGAAAAGCUAAAAUUUCAGACACUUUUAAUCCAAAGCAUUUUGGAUAAUGGCUACUCAAGCUUGCUAUUUCUUUUUAUGCUGUCCUUUCCUGGCCUGAUCAAUGGUUUCUUCUUAUAGCCUAAUGGCACAGGAUUCCCUCUGUAAACUAGUUUGAAACAAGGGUUUAAAGUUAGAAAUGAAAAGAAAUGGUGAUAUUCCUUGGAUAAAAAAGUCUAUUAUUAUAAAUUGUUGUGGAAUUUGAAUUAUAUCUGGCAUUGAGGCAACCUGUGGGGCAUGCAGCCAUCUGUGGCAGACAGAAGAUGUUGAAUAGUCCUACUUGAAGUUGUACCAUAUGAUAUCCAUUACCUGGUGUAAACAGGGCCUUUCAGGCUACACAUUGCUGCAACACACCAAGGGGCUAGAGUCACUUUUGGCUUGGGGUUUUCUCAUAGGCAAAUGCUGAAGAAAAUUCAAGGGGAACUUGGAGAUAAGACCUUGGUAGCCAGCAGUUUGAGAUCUGGAGAAGGGGUGGUAUUUUAAUAAACAUUCACCCAGAACUGGAUGCUUUUAACUUUCAAGUUAUAAGAUGAGUGGGACAGUUUUAAUAACGAGUAACAUUUUCUUACAUAGAGUUCUAAUGAUCAGAUGGGUACUUUUUAAACUGAUAGCUGCCCAGGUAGGUGUCUGUGAUCCCUAUGUCUGUGAUAUGCCUUCCAUCUCUAAACAAGGAGAGCUCUCUGGAUCUGUUGGUAAUUAUGAGUCUGCUAAUAUUGCUCUUGAAGACAUUGAAUUGCUCCAAUCACCCACCGGAUAUUUGGAAACACCUUACUCUGGUGGGGUGUCAAGAAGCUGCAGGACACCUUUUGAUAUGGAUUCUGCCUGGGGAAGCAUGGCAUGAAUUGAGGUCAUUCCAAAGUAAAGAAAGAUUAGCACAAAGAAACGUGAAGAAAAAGUUGCAGGUUCAGAAAUAAUGUAUGUAGGAAAGGAGUGGCAUGAAACUGGAUUCCGCAAGUUCCAAAGUUCUGCAGGCAGAAAAUUUGAACCCAUUUCCCCAAAGCAUUCUACAUCACCCAGGAAGUAAGUACAGAUUUUUUUUUCAGCCUUCAGAGACAGUUUUGGGGAUAUACAGAGGACUGCCAGACCAGUUCUGUUGGGUACCACAAUCCUCCUAAUACAAGUCCACCAUUUGAUUUUGCCUGCUGUUUUUAAUAAUUGGUUUGCUGAUCUGUUGGGUUAUUGAUAUUUGUUUUUUCCUAUUUUGUAUUUUCCAAUUUUCUAUUCAUAUGAUAUCUCAUUUAUUACAGGGACCAGAAAGAUUGUAGGGACCAAAGAAAUGAGAGGGUCAAAAAAGAAAAAAAAUCUUGUCUCAUUUUAAUAGCUACAGAAAAUCUGGUUGUGGUGUUCACAGUAUUUGUUAUUGUUAUUUAAUGGCCUCAAUUACUGGGAAAGGCCAUAAACUGUAGUUGACAAUGCAAGAGAAGACUACGUGGUAAACAUCACUGAUCCAUGCGCCUACAGUCUGACCUUACUUUAAUAUUACAAUGCAAAAAGUGAAUCCGUUUAAGAGUCAAGAAGAGAUAACAUCAGUAUGGAGGAAUAGUAAUUACAUCAAGUAAUAGUUAGCCAAUGGGAAGAAAUUACACUUGAUCCACUGGCUUAAAUCCAGGUGGAAGAUAGGCUAAUUUUGCCUAUAUAAAAGAAAAGCACAGGGUUUAUUCCAUCUCUGCACUGACAGACAAGCUGCAGCCUUCUUUCAGACCUUUAAUCAACUGGCCCCAAGCAGAAAAAGAAAGGCAAAAUAGUCAUGGAUUACUAUGCAAAAUAUGCAGCCGUGACUUUGGCCAUGUUGUCCGUAUCUCUGAAUAUUCUCCAUUCUUUGCCAGAUGAAGACUUUAUGACACAGGGUUGCCCUGAAUGUCAACUAAGCCUGAAUCUACGUGUGACAAAACUGUUUAGUGGACGACCGGUUUACCAGUGUGUAGGAUGUUGUUUCUCAAGGGCUUAUCCCACUCCGAUGAGAUCAAAGAAGACAAUGCCAGUUCCGAAGAAUAUUACCUCGGAAGCAACAUGCUGCGUAGCAAGAUCUUUCAGAGAGGUUCGUAUUCCAUAUCAUGAACACACAAAAAUAGAGAAUCACACGGAUUGCCACUGCAGUACCUGCUACUAUCAUAAAUCUUGAGGCCUCUAUGGUGGGACUACAAAUGGGACCAAAAGAAGUUUUAUUUUGUCUGAUUUUAUAGCAACAUUGUGUAAGAUCUUAACUUUUCUGAGAGAAGUGCUCUGUUCUUUUAUGUCUUCUUUAGAGAUAAUCAACUAAAUAUGAUGUAACAUUUCUUCUAGGAACAAAAUAUAGCAGUAUGCAUAAUCACCAGUCUCAUUUAUUUUGUAUGUAAAGUGUGGAUUUAUAUAUCUUCUGCAUGAAAAGAUAUAGUAUAAUGGAUGGAAAUGAUGCUCAGCUUCAAGGAGGGAUAUGAUGAUUGCUUUCAAAUAUACCAAUCAUAUAUAUUAGAAUUUGUGUAUUCUCUUUUAUUUCUGUUCAUAAAUUAGACAACACAAUUUCGAUGAUAAAUGUAGAAAAGAAUUAAUUUCAUUCUACAAAAAAAGUCAAUUAAAAAGAAAUUUCAAUAUUGUGUAAAUUUCCCCUGGUCUAUCCCACGGUGGUGGUGGUGAGGUGGGGGUGGGGGCAGAGUGGGGAAGCAUAUAUUGCCAUGGCAUUAUGUCCCAUAAUGUUGUAAAGAACAUCCUUCCAUUUCUCAUUCCUCUUUACACA